AUGGCGGCUCUGCGUGGGUUCUUCGACAUUGGCGUCGGAGCCAAUCUCAGCGGACGGGUGGUAUUCGAAUUUUUUGACGAUGCCGGGGACUCGAUUGCGGAGAACUUCCGGUUGCUAUGCCUCGGCAAAGUCGUGGGAUCCGUUCUCGGAAAGAGGCGAACGCUCUCAUACACCGGUUGUCGCGUAUACCGGGUAGUUGCUGGGCAGUAUUUCGAAUGCGGUGACUUCGAACAUAACAACGGUGACGGCGGAUCAAGCGCCUUCGGCGGUUACUUCAAUGAGGCUCCUAACACGCGCAGGCACUCGCAGGCGGGGCUGCUGUCUAUGAAGCGAAUCAAUAAAGAAGGCUAUGGCUCGCAGUUCGUCAUCACGCUCGGGCGGGACCCGCGCCUUGACGAUCGGCAUCACGUCUUCGCCCGAGUCGUCCAGGGAAUGGAAUUUAUCCGAGCGGUUGAAAACGUGCCCCUUGACGCGCGCAAUGCACCCAAGGUGGAAGUUGGCAUCCUGCGGUGCGGUCUGCUUGAAUACACGCCCAGGAAGGUCGGCCAAAUGUCGAAGCAGCGAGACCUCGUGAACACACUCAUGGAGUCGCUGCGUCCAAACGAUUCGGACUCAGAUGAGGAAGAACCGGAAGAGCUCCGCUGCCUGUACACCGGGAAGGUCAUUCGAAAGCGUUCCAUAAGGCCCGAUUCGGCGGCGGCGAUCGGCAAGCAGUACGUCGCAGAGGCGCUCGGCGGAAAGAGCCUCCACUUCAUACCGACGUACGACGCCGACAGCGAGUACCAGUACUACGUCGAGCCGGACGCACCCGCGGAACCUAAGCCUGCCGCUGCUGCGGUGGAGGCGCAGGGUGACACCAGUGAAUCGAGCGAAUCAGAGGAUUCCGCAUCUGACGAUGAUGGUGACGACGAAGACCCGCUGGCGCAGAAGCUGCGCGCACUCAGCAAACGCCUGGAUGAGUGCUCCCAGUUGAAUCAGGAAUCGGUGGAAGUAGAACACAAGCUUGGCGGGGAUCCGAAGAAGCUCAACGAGCACUACAAGUCGGUGCUUGGACUACGCGAAGACAACUCCACGGUCAACUUUAAUCGCAACCCCAGCCUCAACAAGGCCGCUAUCGCAGUGGAGAAACGCCACCAACAGGCUCUGAAGAAGGAGAAGGGCAAGACCUUUGGAUGGAACGUCUUCAACCAGGACGCGCUCUACAGGGCGCACAAAAAAAGGCUGAACGAAACUGCAUUCAACCAGGAGGAGUACGAGCUACAGAAGGCCCAGAUGGGCGACAACUUCUACAAGCCCGGAAUUACGUCCACAGUGCCAACAGAAGCCGCGAAGCUGACUGUGGUGCGUAACCUUGAGAAGCAGUACAAACAAAGGGAAAAGUUCAGUCGACGACGUGCGUUCGACGACGACGCGAAGGACGUGUCGUACAUCAACGAUCGCAACCGUGUGUACAACAUGAAACUAGACAGAGCCUUCAAGACACACACAGCUGAAAUAAAACAGAAUUUGGAGCGCGGUACGGCGUUGUGA